AUACUUGUUCGUUGGCGUAUACAAUAGACUUUGAGAUGCAGAUAUUUGUGAAAACAUUAACUGAAUGUGAAGGCCAAGAUCCAAGAUAAAGAAGGGAUCCCACCUGAUCAACAACGUCUGAUCUUUGCUGGUAAGCAGCUAGAAGACGGUCGCACAUUGUCUGAUUACAAUAUCCAGAAAGAGUCCACUCUCCACUUGGUGUUGCGUCUUCGUGGUGGUAUGCAGAUUUUUGUGAAGACAUUGACUGGUAAAACGAUCACUUUGGAAGUUGAGCCGAGUGACACCAUUGAGAAUGUGAAGGCCAAGAUCCAAGAUAAAGAAGGGAUCCCACCUGAUCAACAACGUCUGAUCUUUGCUGGUAAGCAGCUAGAAGACGGUCGCACAUUGUCCGAUUACAAUAUCCAGAAAGAGUCCACUCUCCACUUGGUGUUGCGUCUUCGUGGUGGUAUGCAGAUUUUUGUGAAGACAUUGACUGGUAAAACGAUCACUUUGGAAGUUGAGCCGAGUGACACCAUUGAGAAUGUGAAGGCCAAGAUCCAAGAUAAAGAAGGGAUCCCACCUGAUCAACAACGUCUGAUUUUUGCUGGUAAGCAGCUAGAAGACGGUCGCACAUUGUCUGAUUACAAUAUCCAGAAAGAGUCCACUCUCCACUUGGUGUUGCGUCUUCGUGGUGGUAUGCAGAUUUUUGUGAAGACAUUGACUGGUAAAACGAUCACUUUGGAAGUUGAGCCGAGUGACACCAUUGAGAAUGUGAAGGCCAAGAUCCAAGAUAAAGAAGGGAUCCCACCUGAUCAACAACGUCUGAUCUUUGCUGGUAAGCAGCUAGAAGACGGUCGCACAUUGUCCGAUUACAAUAUCCAGAAAGAGUCCACUCUCCACUUGGUGUUGCGUCUUCGUGGUGGUAUGCAGAUUUUUGUGAAGACAUUGACUGGUAAAACGAUCACUUUGGAAGUUGAGCCGAGUGACACCAUUGAGAAUGUGAAGGCCAAGAUCCAAGAUAAAGAAGGGAUCCCACCUGAUCAACAACGUCUGAUCUUUGCUGGUAAGCAGCUAGAAGACGGUCGCACAUUGUCUGAUUACAAUAUCCAGAAAGAGUCCACUCUCCACUUGGUGUUGCGUCUUCGUGGUGGUAUGCAGAUUUUUGUGAAGACAUUGACUGGUAAAACGAUCACUUUGGAAGUUGAGCCGAGUGACACCAUUGAGAAUGUGAAGGCCAAGAUCCAAGAUAAAGAAGGGAUCCCACCUGAUCAACAACGUCUGAUCUUUGCUGGUAAGCAGCUAGAAGACGGUCGCACAUUGUCUGAUUACAAUAUCCAGAAAGAGUCCACUCUCCACUUGGUGUUGCGUCUUCGUGGUGGUAUGCAGAUUUUUGUGAAGACAUUGACUGGUAAAACGAUCACUUUGGAAGUUGAGCCGAGUGACACCAUUGAGAAUGUGAAGGCCAAGAUCCAAGAUAAAGAAGGGAUCCCACCUGAUCAACAACGUCUGAUCUUUGCUGGUAAGCAGCUAGAAGACGGUCGCACAUUGUCUGAUUACAAUAUCCAGAAAGAGUCCACUCUCCACUUGGUGUUGCGUCUUCGUGGUGGUAUGCAGAUUUUUGUGAAGACAUUGACUGGUAAAACGAUCACUUUGGAAGUUGAGCCGAGUGACACCAUUGAGAAUGUGAAGGCCAAGAUCCAAGAUAAAGAAGGGAUCCCACCUGAUCAACAACGUCUGAUCUUUGCUGGUAAGCAGCUAGAAGACGGUCGCACAUUGUCCGAUUACAAUAUCCAGAAAGAGUCCACUCUCCACUUGGUGUUGCGUCUUCGUGGUGGUAUGCAGAUUUUUGUGAAGACAUUGACUGGUAAAACGAUCACUUUGGAAGUUGAGCCGAGUGACACCAUUGAGAAUGUGAAGGCCAAGAUCCAAGAUAAAGAAGGGAUCCCACCUGAUCAACAACGUCUGAUCUUUGCUGGUAAGCAGCUAGAAGACGGUCGCACAUUGUCUGAUUACAAUAUCCAGAAAGAGUCCACUCUCCACUUGGUGUUGCGUCUUCGUGGUGGUAUGCAGAUUUUUGUGAAGACAUUGACUGGUAAAACGAUCACUUUGGAAGUUGAGCCGAGUGACACCAUUGAGAAUGUGAAGGCCAAGAUCCAAGAUAAAGAAGGGAUCCCACCUGAUCAACAACGUCUGAUCUUUGCUGGUAAGCAGCUAGAAGACGGUCGCACAUUGUCCGAUUACAAUAUCCAGAAAGAGUCCACUCUCCACUUGGUGUUGCGUCUUCGUGGAGGUUAAUUUUAAUUCUAUUCAUUUAACUUAAUAAAUGUUUAAUUUCACUU